AGAAGCCCUGUGCUCAGAGCAGCAGCUCAGUAGUCGCUGGCAUUCCUACGGCGUUUGAUCAUGGCUCUUCGCGUCGCAGUUGCUGUUCUCCUUCUGGCCAUCGCUGCCGGCGCCGAGGGAUGUUCCCUGCCUUCCUGCCUCCUCAUUGACGGCCAUCCGAUCCGGUGUCAAGAUCCCUCUUUGGUCCAGUUCAUCCCGCAUCCUACCAACUGUCAUCAGUACAUACAGUGCACCCUAACAGGGCCUAUCCUAAGGGACUGCCCUCCUGGAACGGCCUGGGACCAAGACCUCAGGACCUGCGCUCACGAGGCCACUGUCGCCUCCUGUAAUAAGGUCCCUGAGAUCUGCGACUGCGACUGCUGCUUCCGCGCCGACCCCGAUGACGCCGCUGGCUUCAUCUACUGUUCCACCAGUGUAGGAGGUGAUAAAGCAACGGCCUACAAACUGAACUGCCCAGAAGGUCGAAACUGGAAUGAUUCCGACAAAUUAUGUGUAUAAGAGAUGACGACAUGGACCUAACUUCUCCGGGAACAUCGCUAGAAUAUGACAAACCAAAGGUACCAAGAGAAGAAGAGGCCUCCCAGAAUCACAAACAAUAACAGAGUUCAUGAACAAGCCAUGGCCAUGAGGACAAGAGAUCGCUGGACCGAAGCCUCAAGGAAGAGAAUUUUUAGAUUGGCUUGAGUUUCCACCGCGGCUUCGGUAGUGCUGCCGGAGGCUUCCUUGGCUGUCACGACGAGGGAUGCAGAUAAUGAUUGUGGUAUUGGCGCUGAUUAAAAUAGUUAAUUCUGAAU